AAGACAUACACAGCUGCUGAGGUCGCCAAGCAUAAUGGCCCAGACAACUUCUGGAUGAUCAUCAAUGAUAACGUGUAUGAUGUGACAAGCUUCCUAGCGGAGCAUCCAGGCGGUGGAAAAAUUCUCAAAGGUGUAGCGGGUAAAGAUGCGUCAAAAAAGUUCCGAAAAUAUCACCGUCCAACGACGUUACAGAAAUAUGAUGAAAGGCUACGUAUUGGAAGCUUAAAA